CUUCCCUCCGUCAUGCAAGGCUGCUUCACUACAGGGAAAAACAUAAAGGAUCCUUUUUGAUGGUCUUGGCACAGAGAAAGCUAAUAAGCACAGAGCGCGCCGCCUAUUUCGCUGUCCUCCUCGAGUCCACUCUGCGUCGUGGUCCAACGAUCAGAGAUCGUCGCGAACUCGCGAUGGAAGGCGUCGCCUUCGGUGCCCGGGCCGCUGCCGUUCCCGCGCGUAUGACCACCGUGUCGCGGCACUACUUCGGCGGCGACGCGUCCGAGAGCGACCACGACCUCCGCGUGGACAUCAUCGAGAACAUUGAAGAGGACUACGGCAUGUUUGUCUGGCCAUGCAGUAUCAUUCUAGCUGAAUACGUGUGGCAACAGAGAUCACGGUUCUCUGGCUCUAAAGUUGUUGAGCUUGGUGCUGGAACCUCACUACCAGGUUUAGUAGCUGCAAAGGUUGGAGCAGAUGUGACUCUGACAGACAUUGCACACAACACAGAAGUUCUGAACAACAUCAGAAGAAUAUGCACUCUCAAUGAUGCCAGCUGCACUGUAUCAGGACUUACCUGGGGAGACUGGGAUGAACCAAUAUUUGAUCUGCAUCCUGACAUCAUUCUUGGAGCUGAUGUACUUUAUGAUUCAGCAAAUUUUGAUGAUCUCUUCGCAACGGUUACUUUCCUCCUGGAAAAUUCUCCUGGGGCGGUGUUCAUAACCACAUACCACAACCGCAGUGGUCACCAUUUGAUCGAGUUUUUGAUGGUCAAGUGGGGUUUAAAGUGUUUGAAACUGCUGGAUGGUUUCUCCUUCCUCCCGUCAUGCAAGGCUGCUUCACUGCAGGGGAACAUUCAGCUUGUUGAAAUCGCGCUGGACAAGGAAAAACGUAAAUGAAACUCUCAUGAGGUAACUAUAUCUCAUGGAUCAGAGAUCCUGUAACUCUGAUUCAGAAUGGCCUAUGUUUCUUACUGGCAGCACAGAGGAACAGCAUGGCAUUUUUGGUCCUCUGCAUAGAGAUAUUGUAAUUCUAGGAGCGACGCCAUGCCAUGUCUAUGUUUUAGUAAAAGAAAAACUUGUGCCUACAGCCUACUAUUUGAUGCCAACUGUGAAGAUGCAAAUUGCCUCAAGUGUAACAUGUAAAGCAUCAUGACACCAGUGCCUUGUACAUGUGACCAUUUGAAGAGUACACUAAUUUUCUGUUAAUUUUUCGAAUGAUGUGCUAAUGUACUCCCAUCAUCCAUUGUACAUCAACAGUUCAACACACAGGAUUUUACAUUACGAAGUAAAUUGAAGGAAA